AUGUUUUGGAAGUUCAAUCUCCUGUCAUCCACUCAUAUUGACACAAUACUUGAGAGAGAGGAUGUCACAUUGCAAGAACUUCUCGAUGAAGAUGACAUUCUUCAAGAAUGCAAGGCUAGACACAAGAAGCUCAUUGACUUCCUUAUCCGUCCCGAUAACCUGGGAGAGAUGGUUAAUAUGGUUACUCAAGAACCAUCAGAAGAUAUUGAAGAGAAACUACGCUAUAGAUAUCCUAAUACAUCAUGUGAAGUAUUGACAUGUGAUGUAACUCAAAUAAAUGACCGCUUAGCUGGAGAUGAUACCUACAUAAAUAAAUUGUACAGUUUUUUGGGGUCCAAAGGUCCACUUAACCCAUUGCUGGCUAGUUUUGUCAGUAAGGUGAUGGGGCUCCUCAUAGCAAGAAAAAGUGAAAUGAUAUUUGAGUUUCUUAAAUCAAAGUCAGAUUUUGUUGGAACUUUAUUGAUACAUAUUGGAACAUCAGCUAUGAUGGACCUCCUCUUACGAUUAAUAACCUGUAUAGAAUCCCCAGAACUCAGAGUGGAAAUGAUACAGUGGUUAAAUGAGCAGAGGUUAGUGGAAAGACUUGUUGAUCAGGUUGUUCCAACAAUUGAUGAAGAUGUUCAUACAAAUGCAGCUCAGUCCCUUUGUGAUAUAGUACGAAUAGGCCGUGAGCAGAUGUCCCAACUUCAGGAUAAGGCUGAAUCAGAUCCGCUUUUGGUUACUGUUGAAUGUGAAUCCACUGUCUGCCGCUUGUUGUACAACAUAUUGGAUGGGGAAAAAAAUGAAUCUGUCAUUGUCAAUGGUCUUCUUGUGAUACAAACGCUACUAGAUGUCAAGAAACAAGGUUUCGAAGGGGAACUUGAUCAGAGGACUCCUUUGGAUAUGGAACGAUUGACACAAGGAAUCAACAAUGUUCUUUCAGCUAUAGCUCCCAGGAUUAAGGACUUCCAUUCACUUUUACAAAAUCCCCCAAAGCCUAGAUAUUGUGCAAUGCCAACAACCAUUGGUGUUCUGGAACCUCCUUUGGGAAAUACAAGACUUCAGAUUGCCAAACUGAUCACAGCUUUGAUUCAAACAAAUUCACACAGUGUUAACGUUGAAUUAGCCAAUUCAGGGACCAUUGGUGUUUUGUUGGACUUAUAUUUUAAAUAUAUAUGGAACAAUUUUUUACAUAGCCAAGUUGAACAGUGUAUAAGUUUAAUACUUAACAAUUCACCCUCUGAAGUUGAAGAUAGGAAGGAGCAUCCACUUUUACAACAAAUAUUUAUUAAAUGCAAUUUAAUACAGAGAAUUUUAGAUUCAUGGGAAGAGAAUGACCAAUAUGAAAAUCGGGUCGGGGGUAGAAGAAGAGGUUACAUGGGACACCUUACAAAAAUAGCCAACCAUAUAGCUGAAUGUUUAGAAAAAGGAGAAAACUCUGAACUUCUGAAAGAUCAAAUGAAAGAAAUUCCAGAAGAAUACAGAAAUAAAUGGGAAUCUUUUGUUUCUUCUACUCUGGCUGAAAUCAACAAGAAAAAUACUGUGAAAUUGGUUCAAGGUCAUCCGUUACAGUCAAGUAGUGAGGAUGAUGAUGCAGACUUCAGUGAUUUAUCCUUUACCCAGGAUUCUGUCAUGCAGCAAGCCUUCUCUGAUUACCAGCUGCAGCAGAUGACCACUAACUUCAUUGAUACUUUUGGAUUCAAUGAACAUGAAUUUGCUGAUCAUGAAGGCAAAAUAGAUGCAACCUUCACAGAUAAGAUCUCAAGUAUUGAUUUUAAUAUAAGGGCAGACGAAGAUGGCGCUCCAAAUGCUACUAUGUUUGAACAAGCCUGUAAUGAACGUAUCCAACAAUUUGAUGACAAUGAUAGUGAUGAAGAAAUCUGGGAAAAGAAAGAGGUGAUAUUAUAUGAAAAUUCCCCUGUACGGCAGCCUGGUUUGUCCGGUGACAGCUUAGGUUCUCAUGAUCAUGAAGAGGAAGAUGAUAAUACAGACAGUGAUGAAGAAUUAGAUUCUCCAAAACGUAUAGUACAACAGCCUCAAGAAAAAAUGGAUGUGGAUGGUACAGAGACUUGGACAGCAACCUUUGAUGAAGUUCCUAUUGAAACCAAUCCAGUUGCAAUGGAAACGUCUCCUUGGGAUACAGCCCCAGUAACAACUGCAUCUCCUGAACAGAAAUGGGCAAACUUUGAAAUGUCUGGGAAUACUUGGGCAGACUUUUCUAGUUUUAACUCUUCUAUGGAAAGGCUUCCCCGUAGCAGUUCACCUGUAGCUAUGGAAACUGGUGAUAUUUCAAGUUCAAAUUUUGGUUCUAGUGGUGAUGGUUCUCAGUCAAGCCCUCUUAACAGGACAGGUGAAACUGCUGGAAAGAAAGAGGUUGAGAAAAGUACUAAAGACUCCAAAUCAAAAGAUAUAUCUUGGAGCCAUGAGGAUUCUAAAGAAGUUAGCACAAAAGAAACUGCUGAUCAGCCCAGUAAUUUACCAGAAUCUGGUGAGCAGAAUUCUACAGAUGCUAAACUUGAAAAUUGUAAAACACAAGACCAAGUAAACUGCCUACCCAAGGGCUAUAGGUUACAUUCUGAGCAUGAAGAUCAUGUCAAUGAAGAAGAACUGAAUGAAAAUUUUAAUUUCUUGUCGUCUGUUGGCCUUAUCAAGCCUGGAGUUACUGAAGAACCAGCUGCAGCUACUCCAACCACUGCCUCAACCACUGCCCAAACCACCUCAACAUGCAUGACGGCUAUUACUACUUCUGCAGCCAGCUCUUCAAUUGCAGCUUCAACUUCUGAUUCUGCUGCUGCUGCUGUGACUAACAGCAUAGCUCCAACUGCAGCUGCUGGAGGAGAGUCAGUGGGAGCUUCUGCAGAUGCGGAAAAUAAAUUUCAACCAGCAACUGCAGCCGGUGAUGCCAAUAAUGACAAAUCUACUUCCAGCACAGACAAUAGCAAUCCAUCAUCUAAAGCCAAUUUGAUUGAAGAUGUCAGGUCUCAAGCAAAAGAAGCUAUGGAAAAGUAUGAAAAAGCUAUAACAGCAUCUAUGAAAAAUGGACCCAUUUGA